AUUUUCUUACCUAUGUCAUCCUCGUCUUGACCAACAGAAACUUUUUCCUCGUUGUAAACUUCCAUGUCGAUCAAAUCCUCAUAUCAAGCAUAUCCUCCUGCACGCUCGACCUUGUUUAGUCGAUAGGUGCACGUGUUCUCCUGCCUAGGACUAUCACAGUACACAGUUACCUGUCUGCGCCCGCCGAGCUAUCGCGCAUGAGGCAGAGUCUUGUGUAGCGUGCAUCCGCCUCAUCCCUCCCACUCCAAGUCCACAUUUCUUUCCAAGUGACCUUGACAUCAUGGCCGACGAUAACUCCUUUUUCGAUGCCUCGUCACUCUCCCAUUUAAAUCAGAAUAAUCCUUCCAAUCAGAGGUCAAACAUCCCUCGCCGUUCCCUCUUCAACUCAUCGCCUAACCAUUUUGUUCCUACACCUUCCACCCCCACUCCCGCCCCCGCUCUUCUCACCUUGAAUUCGUCGCGCGCUAUCGCCGGCGACUCUUCUCCAAGUCUGGAUUCCCCGUCUUCACCAGAGGACCAGGUCCGCGCUACUAUCAACCGACGGAGAAUACCUCGCGCGGAAAAGGAUGUUGAUGAUCCCAGCAACCCGGUCUCGUCAAGCCGCUAUUCCAUCAACAGGCAACAAAGCACCACCCUAACCACCCUCAGUCGUUUGUUUGCCGUCCAGUCAGUAGCAUCCCCCCCUGACUACCGUCCUCUGUCCGACUGUCAAAUCCAAAAUGGCAUCCCUCAACCACUCUCAGCUAUCCGUACCAGUGAAACCGCACCUCUGAAUGACCAUCUCUAUACACGCGGUCUACUAGGAGGUCGACAUUCGGAUAUCACUGUUCACGUCUUUGGCUACCCCUACAAGCUUCACCGCCUCAUUCUCGAUCGGGCGACUUUCUUCGCGUCAGCCUUGUCUGGACCAUGGUUGGAAAGCAAGGCGAGCGAGAUUUCACUACAUCCCGAAGACAUCGACACAAACAUCACUCAAGUCUCGUUCGAGCUGGCUCUGAAACGUCUAUAUGGUGCCACUGUGUCCGAGGAGGAAGAUGUUGAAGCAGUGAGCUUGUUUGCUACUGCUUGCUGGUUGGAGAUGCCUGAUCUCAUCGACUCAAGCAUAGAGUCCAUGCUGCGACAGAUGUCAACUGCGACCUUGGCACCUCUAAUCAAGCUGGUGACCAGCAACUACUACGGUCGAUCUGGAGACAAGAUUCUUGCGUCAGCAAAAGCUAUGCUAUGUCGAGAUGGCUGGAAGAUGUCAACAAAGUACUGGGACGGCAUACCUGGUGAUAUCGUCCGUGAGAUAGUUGGUGGCGAUGGCUUCUUCAUCAAUGGUGAAUGGGAUAGAUGGGUACUAGCCAAGCGUCUCCUGGAUCGUCAUCUCAAGGUUCUUGCCAUCGAAGCUGGACUUGUCGAUUCAGUGUCAUGGUCCAAGGUGCGGAAAGCGCCUGAAACAGCCAACCUCAUGGCUGUCCGUUUUGACUCAGUCUAUCGUAAGAACGCCAUGGCAGCUGGUGCCGCUCCAGAUGGUCUGCAACGGUGGAUCAGCCUUUACACACACCCAGACAUUGAGCCCUUGUUGGUGCUGCUUGAUGAGGGCAUACACUACAUCCAUCUUGACUUUGAACAGCUGCAAUAUAUCCGAAGAGCUCGCGAUGUCCUUGGCUUACCUAUGAUGCCUGACAAGGUCAUCUCUAACGCAUUGUGGAUGCAGAUGGAGCUACGUCAAAAAGUACUGAACGCCAAGGAUGUUGACAUGGAGCUUGGUCUAAGUGAGGGUAUCGCAGAGUUGACAAGUCCGCACAUGCGAGCAGCAUCUUUGACGGAGCCGUCGAUUAAAGGCAAGCAGAAAAAUGAGGUUGUUGAUGAAUUUGAUGACCUCGAGGACGAAGACAUUGCUUCAAACUCCUGGGAUGGCAAUGGCAAACCCCGCAAAUUCUGGAUCCCUUCCGCGGACUGCAACAUCGUCAUGGGUGGAGCGACUGAUGCUGCAAUGAUGACUGCUGCGAACCCACAGGCUAACCGUCUCUCUGCUACCAUCCAACCCGAAGAUGUGCAGUGGGCUUCAGAUUUCGCCGCCAACCCAUCAGAAACACGAUCAAUCCCACAGAUCGUUCGGCCUGACUCAGUUGCCGACUCGAACACAUCUGAAUUACGUCCAGUCAGCUACUCGCACUUCCCGCCAUUUAGAUUUGCUGUCGAGUUCCCCAGCCCCCGACUGCUCAAGGAGAAGAAGCGUGUAUACAGCCGCACAAUCUUCUACUGUGGCUCUUGGUGGAAUUUAUACAUUCAGAAAGUCCGAAGGGGUAAGAACCCUCAACUUGGUGUUUAUCUUCACCGCGCCAAGGAGCGUGAGACAGAGGAAACACUGGCUGCUGGCGGUCAGACUGUACCCAACACGCGUGUAGACGAACGAAUUGGUCAUCUUGAAAGGGAAAUGAUCUUGCGAGCUGAUCGCCGAGCCGAAGAGCGCAGGCGUUUGCUCACACGACGACGCAGUGGCGAUGUUGCGGAUCAUGAUGGUGCCGAUAGCAGUGGCAGCACAGAUCCGGACGGAGGUCCUGCUGGUGUAGAGACAACACCAAGAGCUCGUGGGUUAGGUGGAUAUCGCAAAAGCAGUGAGUUGGACGUGCUGUCAAACUUCCCGACCAAACCUGCAUACUACGACGAGCAAGAUUCCGACUUCGAAGACGAAGACCCAGAGAUCGCAAAACUCACACGUAGUGUACGUGUUCCUACAUUGCCGCCCUAUGUCGACAGCCGUCCGACCAUUAAGGCGUACUUCAAAAUAUACUCACCCAGUAAGGGAGGUCGUAUGUUGAGCGUCUACGAAAGCGCACCAGACACUUUCAACUUCAGUCAGAGUUGGGGAUGGAAGAGCAGCACAUUGAUGCUUGAUGAUGGAAUGCUCGGUGAUGAGAUCAAUCUCGAAGCAGAGAUACCGGUGCGAGAUGCGAACAAGUUACGAUUUAUGAUUGUUAUUGGCAAUGUGUAA